AUGACAAACCAAUCAGAUAUUCCCAUUCCAGACCGUAAACUGAGCCUGGCCGAGCUGCCCAAACCCUGCUGUUCCAAACACUGUCACUGGCUGGAAAGGAACCUGCUGCUGUUGCUGACUGUUCUUGGUGUGAUCCUGGGUGCUGUCUUUGGAUGUCUCCUGCGCCUGGUGCCUGACCUGGGCCCCAACGUUCUACUGCUGGUGUCCUUUCCCGGCGACAUCCUCAUGCGGAUGCUGAAGAUGCUUAUUCUUCCGCUCAUCAUCUCCAGUCUCAUCACAGGUCUAGCUGGCCUUGACGCUAAAUCAAGUGGGCGGAUGGGGACGCGGGCCUUGGCUUACUACAUGACCACGACAAUUAUUGCGGCUGCUCUUGGCGUGAUUCUGGUCAUCAUCAUCCACCCUGGCAACCCCAAGCUCAAGAGCACAACCAGCAUGAGAUCUAAGAACCAAGAAGUGUCGAGUCUGGAUGCCUUCAUGGACCUCAUUCGGAAUCUGUUCCCAGAAAACCUCGUGCAGGCGUGUUUCCAACAGGUACAAACGGUAUUGAAGAAAGUUCCAAUCUCCCUACCUGAAGAGGUUAAAUCUGACAAUCUAACCCAAGCCCUCGUGGCGAAUAUCUCCAUCCAGAAUGGAACACCUCCUGCCCUCAACACCCGGCAAGCUUUCGUCACGAAGAAGCAGUUGGAACUGAAGUGGGGAAUGAAUGUUCUAGGUCUGAUUGGGUUCUUCAUUGCCUUUGGGAUUUCCAUGGGGAAGAUGGGAGAAAGGGCUCAGGUCAUGAUCGACUUCUUCAACGUGCUGAACGAGAUCAUCAUGAAGCUGGUCUCGAUGAUCAUGUGGUACUCUCCUCUGGGAAUUGCCUCCCUGAUCUGUGGGAAGAUUGCAGCCAUCAAGAACCUGGAGGCUGUUGCUAGGCAGCUGGGGAUGUACAUGGUGACGGUGGUAGUCGGUCUCAUCAUCCACGGGGGAGUCAUCCUCCCUUCUAUUUAUUUGAUGAUUACAAGAAAAAGCCCACUGACAUUUUGUGGGGGAAUAUUCCAAGCCUGGAUCACAGCUCUCGGAACAGCAUCCAGUGCGGGCACCUUGCCUGUGACCUUCCGCUGCCUUGAAGAGAACCUGCACAUCGACAGACGGGUGACCCGGUUCGUGCUGCCCAUCGGUGCCACCAUUAACAUGGAUGGCACGGCUCUGUACGAGGCAGUAGCGGCUAUCUUUAUCGCUCAAAUGAAUGGGAUCAUACUGGACCCAGGGCAGGUAGUUACAGUGAGCCUAACGGCCACCUUGGCAAGUGUUGGCGCCGCCAGUAUUCCCAGUGCAGGGCUGGUCACCAUGCUUUUGAUUUUGACAGCAGUGGGUCUCCCAACCCAGGACAUCAGCCUCCUGAUCGCUGUUGACUGGCUGCUGGAUCGGAUGAGAACGUCGGUGAACGUGAUCGGUGAUUCCUUUGGUGCUGGGAUAGUCCACCAUCUCUCCAGACAUGAACUGGCAGCCAUUGACGCCCAACACACAAACCAAAAUGACUUGGAAAUGAUUAAAAUCCGACCCUCGCUUGACGACGAAAAGAUUUACAAGAUGGAGAUCAAAGCUCCACUUCCCUAUGCCGGAUAUAACUCAAUCCCAACGGAUGAUUAUGAACUCACAGACACCAAGAAUGAAGGGACAGAGGAAGAUGAGAACGAGCUGGAGGGAAUGGAGGAACCAGAGGAACUGAAGAACAGCGAUGAAACUCUGCCCAACUGUGACAGGGAGAAGGGCGAAGCUGUGAAUGCAGAGGAUGAAUAG